ACUCUUUUCCCCAUCCUGACUCUUUUCUCUCUCUUCUACUGCUACAAUUUCUUCUUCUUCCUCCUCCUAUUACCACUAAUACCACUAUACCACUACCAAUACUAUUGCUACUUACCCAAUACUGCAAUUUUCUGUCUUUUAAAGGCACAGUGCCCUACACUAAUACAAGCCAGCCUCACAAAGAAGCGUGAAGGUUACCCAAUCUUGACCACCCUUUGAACAACAUGAAGGAUACUGGCAGGAAACAAGGGGCAGCAUCGCCUUGCGCUGCCUGCAAGCUUCUUAGAAGGCGAUGUGCCAUGGAUUGUGUCUUUGCCCCUUACUUCCCAGCCGAUGAGCCACAGAAGUUUGCUAAUGUCCACAAGGUGUUUGGUGCUAGCAAUGUCAACAAGAUGUUACAGGAAUUACCAGCACACCAACGCGGCGAUGCUGUCAGUAGCAUGGUUUAUGAAGCGAAUGCAAGGGUGCGAGACCCUGUCUACGGUUGUGUGAGUGCCAUUUCAUCACUACAACAACAGGUUGAUGUCCUCCAAACCCAGUUGGCCCUAGCACAGGCUGAGGUGGUCCACAUGCGAAUGCACCAGGGAGCACAGACAUCGAAUCUCGCUGGUAAUUCGAGUGAUGGUGCCUCCCCAUCCUCCAAGUUCAUUAACCCACACACCAAGUCUUUCUUUUCUUUGGAUAUGGUUGAUCAGGCCAAUUUAGGGGAGUCUUUGUGGUCAUGCUAGCUUCGGAUCAUAUCAUCUUUCUACUACUAUUGGCUUUCUUUUUUGGCUUGCCUCCUAAUACUUGUUAUACCCUUCUUUUUCUCAUCCCCUGUUCUCAUAUACAUCCUUACAAUACAUCUCCAUGUGACAGUGAUCAAUAUAAUGAUGAUCCACCAACUUGGUUUGGGGUGGACUCAUAUCAUAUAACCAUAUUGUAAAUAUAUUUAACUUAUGGAUAUGAGUUAUUAAAUUGCUAUUGUAAGUGAAGAUUGCACUUUUGCUA